GAUCGAUUAUCAAAGUACUACUAACCUGAAUUGUUACUUAGAAAUGAAAUACCAUAUAUAUGUCAUUCUUCUCCUAUUCUACACAAUAAACGCAGAAGAUUAUAAAGAGGAAGAGUACGAUGGAGAUACAAGUUCGUCAGUUGAUUCUGAGAGUAAUGAAGUUUUUAACAAGAGUUUAUCGCAAAAACCAAAACGGGAUUUUAAAGAAAUGAAUGAAACAAAACUAAAUGAAAAACCUAUCAAACUAGAAAAUAAAAAUGAUAUGAAAAAAUCAAGCUAUCCAUAUGCUGUGUCGAUACAAAGGAGGAACUCGCAUUUUGCGUCUGGAGCUCUUAUUGACUCCAAAUGGAUUUUAUCUGCAGCUGGGGAGUUUUAUAAUAUCAGAGAAGCAAUCAAACAACUCAGGGUCCGUCUCGGCACUUUUAACUACAAGAAGGGUGGUGUUCUGAUGGCUUUGAAGGGCAUCGAGAUCCACCCCCUUUACUCCUAUCAGCAACCAAACUAUGACCUAGCCUUACUAAAGCUAGCUCAGCCAGUGACUUAUAGUGCUCAAAUCAAGCCAAUACCUAUAUCGACGGAGGCAGGAGAAGUCGUUAGUGGAAAGUUCAUCGCCACUUAUUGGCCAAGGCUAAUUGUGAAUGGUCAAGUUUUAUCAGCAUCAGCUAAAGAGAGGGUGAAAUAUAAUAGCAUGCGUGUGUCCACACAAAAGUUGAUUCCCUGGGCCAAAUGUCUGAAACAAAUGAAGCAUUUGAACAAAACACUGGACCAAUCUACGAUGUGUUUAAACCCAAUCGUCAGCCUUCAUAGUCCUUGUAUGCCGGAUGUAGGCGCACCAAUAAUAGCUGACGACCUUCUCUGGGGAAUAACUUCGGGUUGGCUUUCUGACUCAUGCGCUAGUGAAUCCAGUCCUACACUCUUCACGAGACUUUCCGAUGAAAAUGUCAAGUUCUGGCUCAACUCAAUACGAGAUAUAGCUAUUUAGUAUUACCAUUGUUUAGUUUAGAAUAAGAAUUUCGAAGCUAUGGUAGCUUGGAACAUAAAUAUUUAAAAUGUUUUGAGUGGUGGCCAACCAUUAUGCACUUUUAGUAGCAAAACUCCUAAUGAACGUCACUGUAUCUCAUUACAUUUAACACGUAGUAGUAUAAAACCUUCGUAACGGAUAUCAAUUUAACUAAUGCCAUUGUCCAACACGUUCCUGUGAUAUCUUUAGGGUCUCAGCUAUCUUAAUCAGAAAUUAUUUUGUGGACUUUUUUGAUGUUUCUUAGCAAACCAUUUCUCAACGGUUGAUUUUCAUGGUGCAGAGUCCAUAUAAUGAUUAUCGAGACACGCCUUGGCGUCAGAAGCAUUUUUUUUUCUCUUUAAAAAGCAUUUUUUUGACCUUUAAGUAUACUUCAAUUGACAAAUUGAAAAAAUGAGCC